UUGACUAUUUGCUGUACAAAUCAGAGAUCCAUCCAUGGCAGCAGCUUUCGCAGCUCUAGCUUCUCUUCAAAACAAUAUCCACCUUAUCCACAAUCACCCCAACCAUACCUUUCCCUUUGAGGAAGAUCAGAUUCAAUCCCUGUGCGAAAACGUCCUUUUCCUGAUCGAUUUCAUGAAAAGCUACGACAAUUCUCAUGGAUCCAGAAGAGAAACAGCAGAAGCUCUAGAGACGCGAAUUGCGCGCGCAGCUCAGGUCGCGGAAGACGUGAUCGAAGCACAUACGGUGGAUCAGAUCAGAUGUGGAGAGACUCGAUCGCCUCGUUUCCUGCUGGAUCUGCACAAAGCAACCCAAGGAACGGAUUACAUGAGGAGAAAGGCGUUGAAUCUGAGAUCGCGAAGCGGAUUGCUGGAGCCGAAGUCUACAAAUCCAUCCGCAUCCGCAAAUCCAGCGCCUCUUCUCACCUCUUCCAUGGUCGGAUUUGAUGAUAUCUUAAGCAAGCUUUUGGUUCUGCUCACCGGAGCUCCCUCAAGUCAGCGAGUAGUCAUCUCCAUCGAAGGCAUGGGGGGAAUCGGAGUAUAGCAUUCACAAAAUCUUGGCACACCUCUUGUCUUGUAUAAGAGGAGGAUCUGCUAGCGGAACGGUUGAUGAGGCGCGAGAGAGGUUGUACAAGAGCUUAUUCGGGCAGAGGUAUUUGAUUGUUCUAGACGAUAUGUGGAGCCUCAAAGCCUGGGAUGAUAUGAAUGUGAAAUCCUUGUUUCCGGAUACAAACAAUGGAA